AUGUAUUUCACCACCAAGUCUCUCAUUGCCGCGAGCGGCCUUGUUAUGGUUGCCCAGGGCCAUAUGAUCAUGCGGACCCCGACGCCUUACACAAGCCCUCAGGCCAAUUCAUCCCCGCUCGACCCCAGCGGCAGCGACUUCCCGUGCAAGGCCGGGGCGGGGGCUCAGUAUGCCGGAACUGCGACACCCAUGGAGAAGGGGUCCAAGCAGACUCUCUCCUUCACCGGCUCGGCCACCCACGGCGGCGGCUCCUGCCAGGUCUCCAUCACCUACGACAACCCGCCCACCAAACAGAGCAAGUGGAAGGUCAUCCACUCGAUCCAAGGCGGCUGCCCGGCUCGUAACACGGCCGGGAACCUGGGCAAUGAUCCCACCAUGGAGGCACCGGACAAGUACGAGUUCGCGAUUCCCCAGGACAUCCCCAGUGGCAAUGCCACUCUCGCGUGGACGUGGUUCAACAAGGUUGGCAACCGCGAGAUGUACAUGAACUGCUCGCCCAUCGACAUCGUUGGCAGCGAGGGCAGUGAAGCAGCGCUGGCCGGCCUGCCGGAUAUGAUGGUCGCCAACAUUGCCGGCACGGACUGCACGACAAAGGAAGGUGUCGAUAUCAAGUUCCCGAACCCUGGCUCCUCGGUCGAGACCAACUCUGGUGCGGCCCUCGGCUCGCCUACUGGCAAUUGCGGCGGUCCAGAGCACCACCCAUAG